AUCUCCCAUCCCAUUCCCAGUUUCCUCUCCUCGCCUCUGCUCUCUUCCCCCGUUAAGGCAGGCGAUCCUGAUCCCCUCUCCAUCCGCCGGCGGCCGACGCGGGGGCGCGGAGGCGCGCACGCACGCACGGCGGUGUGGACGGCUCCUCUCCUUGCCGGAGCCCGGCCUCCUUCCCUGUGCGGCCUCCUCGCCCCGCCGGCGAGCCUCUCUGCUCGAAUCGAACCGGAGGUAUACCCCAUUCCUGCCUCGUAGCCCUCUCUCUCCCUCCCUCCCUCCCUCGCUCCGGCGCCGCUUCAUGCGCCGGCGAGACCUGGAUCGGGAGGAAGACUCGGAUCGAGCCGGUGGGGCGCGAUGAACAGCCAGGGAUUCGGUCCGGGCGGGAGCCCCAAGUCGUUCCGCUACCCUAGGGCGGACUUCGAUCUCGAGUCCGGGAUCGCCCGCAAGGGCUUACGCAAGCCCAAGAACCACGACGCCCCCGGUUUGCUCACCUCCACGCUGAUGAAGAUCCGGUACUUCUACGAGGCGCACCCCGUCGCGGUCGCCUUCAUCCUGCUGUCCUUCGGGCUCAGCGUGCUGAUCCUCCUGUCGGUGUACGAGACCCGGUUCAGGAUGAUGCGGGGUUCUUCGGGUGAGGUCGGGGAGUAUCCGCUCCCGGAGCUCCGCAACCUUGUGAUGGUGGCCGGGCAUUCGAUUUACACGAGCGAGAGCUGCGGGAAGAUUGAUCGCGAGGACUCUUGGUUCUUGGAGCCGUAUCAGAAGCACCCCGGUCAGGCGGCCACGUUCUUGGCGCAUAUCAAGGAAGGCGUGGGUAUCGCCGCGAGGGAUGAGAAGGCGCUUCUGCUGUUCAGCGGCGGCGAGACGAGGAAAGAUGCGGGGCCGAGGAGCGAGGCUCAGAGCUACUGGACUAUCGCGGAUUCGAAAGGCUGGUUUGGAAAUGAUGAAAGUGUAAGGAGACGGGCACUCACCGAGGAGCAUGCACGUGAUAGUUUUGAAAACCUCCUAUUUAGCGUUUGCCGGUUUAGAGAACUCACUGGAAGUUACCCGCAAAAUAUAACUGUUGUAAGCUAUGAUUUUAAGGAGGAAAGGUUUGCGCAAUUGCACAGAUCUGCUCUUGGAUUCCCUGAAGGGAGAUUCUUCUUCUUAGGUACCCCUGCUACACUGACUGCAAGGGAGUCUGCUGUCAAGGGUGAAGCCGCUGUUAGAUCUCAGUUCCAGGAAGAUCCUUAUGGAUGCUUAGGUUCUCUUCAUAUGAAGAGGCUUAAGAGGGAUCCAUUUCACCGUGCCAUUCCAUAUCCGAAUGGUUGCCCUGAGCUGAAGGGUCUGUUCUCAUACUGUGGUCUGGUGCCUUACCCUGGGCAGCUUCCUUGGACCCAAUAGCUCGAAGGAUAUACGAACCUUGGACUAUACAACCUUCUUUCAUUGCCUCGGCUCUGAAGUCUGAACUGACAAAAUAACUACUUGUGAAAUGUGAUGUAUUCUUCCUGAAUCCUGACUAAGACCACAUUUACAUUAGUGAGAUUGUUUUUUUGUAACGGUGUAUAUCACAUGAUCAAUAUAUGUUUUUUCAGUGUGAUUUGGCAUCUCUGUACUAGGAAACUUGAAAUUAUUAGUGAAAACAAUGUUCUCUCUCUGUUUUUUUUUAAAGAUAAAUGUUCUCAAUCUA